UCAAUGUUUUGUGAAGUGAAAAGUGUCGUACAAGUUACACUCCUUGCUUGAAUGCACAGGUUGUUUUUUUUUUUCUAAGACAAAAAAAAAACUCUACUUAAUCAUCAUGUUUUUUAAUUAAUUUUAUAUUAAUUAAGAAUGUAUAAUAAUACAAAUAAUGUACAAUCAAUUCGAAAUAAAUUAGAAAAACAACUUGGUAAUGAUCCGAAAAAAUGUGACAGAUUUGUACUUAAACGUUCUGCAACAUCGUUAGGUUCCAUCGAAACGAAUUUAUUAAAUUUAAGUAUAACACCACCAAAACCAAUUGUAAAUCCACCACCAAAAUUUUAUCGUGCAAAAACAUCGAGUGAAUUAUUAAAAAGUGACGUGAAAAAUAAUAAUUUAAUAAAUUAUCAACCGAUUUUAUCAAGACAGUUAAGUGAUCCAAUUAAAAAGGGUAAUAUUAAACGUACCCCCGCGUUUCGGUGUGAGAAAUUAUCGGAUAAUAGUGAAGAUCAUGUUAUCUUAUCGAAUUUAUCAAGUAAAACGAAUUUAUCGAAUAAAAUACGUAUGUUCGAACAAUGUCGAAAACCGAGUGAUUUAUCACCGAAAAUCUCAUCUAGUCCAAGAAAAUUAAAAAAUAAUAAAUUAUUACGUGAUGAAUUAGAAUUUAUCACGAAACGACGUGAAGAAUUAUCAAGUUCACGAUCAUCUUCAAGUAGUCCUGUAAGUGUUCCAAUCAAAGUAAUCCCAGAAUAUUCUCAAGUCAUCAAAAAUCGUAAGAAAAAGUUAACAAGUUUUAUCACACCGCCAAACGAUGAUAAUUUAACUGAUACACUUAAGAAAGCAUUAAAAUCACCGUUACCAGAAGGACCGCCACCAAAGAAACCACCUCGAACAUUUGCUCAUUCAUCAACAUCACCAAAUAUUUCCACUCAGAAAAAACCGAUCGUAAUUGAUACGGGACAAAAAAUGAAAACUAGCAAAACAGAUCCACGGCUAAUGUUAGAUAAAUUAGAGAAUGCGUUGUUACAAAAUAAAAUCAAAUCACCACGUUCUCGACGGAAAAUUAUGGAUGUUGAAAAUAUUAAAAAGGAUGUAAUGAAACCACCAGCUCAAAUGUUUUCUUCGUCUGACACAUCACAAUCGUCUCAAAAAAGUAUAUUUUUCAAUGAUUGUUUUCCAAUUUGUACAAAUAAUAUUGGACCCGAAUAUGCAGCACCGUUACGAUCGAAAAGUGAAUUUUUUGUGGAUAAAAAUAUUUUAAUGGAUAGUCGAUCGAGUAAUAAACCACCACCAACAGCUGAACAGCAUAUUUAUGCUGAACCAUUUCAAUUUAAGACUACUGAUGUACCUGAUAAUAAUUUUAAUAAUAGAAUUAAACGAUCUGAUUUACAAAAAUCGUGUAAUAAUGAAUUAAACUUGAGUUGUGGUCGAGAAGAAAGAGUUAUGUUGGAGAAGAAAUUAGAAAAUAAUAAAUCAUCACCUGAUCUUCAUUAUUUAAGUACACCUGUAUCAUCAUCAUCCCCGCCACUACUGCAAUCAACAACAUUAUCACCCGUAUAUAGUUCACCAAAUAAAAAUAAGAAUAACAAUAAUAAUAACUGUAAUAAUAGAAAAAGUUUUGGUCAACAAAAUCGGACAACGUCCUUUGAAAAAUUAUUAAUACAUCAACAUCAGGAUAAAAAUAUUUUUGAUAAUACAAUUGGACAACAGGUAGCAAAUCAAACAAAAUUUUAUGUGCCCGACUGUCACUGUUUUCCAAAAUCAAUAUCACCAAUAUGUCAAAAUUCAUCAUCAACAGAUUCCGAUUUUGAAUCAUCCGCUUCAACACCGCCAUCAUGUGAUGAACAAAUCAAAAACUUUUUAAAUAACAAGAACACAUCCGAUUUAAAAACUACAUCACCUUUAGAUUAUUCAAUUAACAAUAAACUAUAUUACGCUUUAACUAAUAAAAUGUCUCAAAAUAAUAACAAUAACGACAAUAAUAAUUUAUUAAACAACUCAAAAAACAAUGAAACAUCAACACCAGUUGGACGUGUUCGUGCCUUAGUACAGAAAUUAGAAAAUGUUGAUAUCAUUGAUAAAAAUGAUAAUAUUAAAAAAGUAUCACCACCAAAAUUAAAUCAAACAUCAACACCGAUUACGUCUCAAAAAGCAAUCGAGAAAAAUGAAUUUUUAGAGAAAAAUUUACAAAAAAAUCAAUAUUUUAUUGAGAAAUUAUCACAACAGUUAUUUUCGUUAGAUUCCGAGAAUGAUAUGAGUUUUGAGAAUAAAGAAAUUGUUAAACAUAAAAAGGUCAAUCAUGAGAUUGAUGUACGACAUCAGGAAGCAUCGAGAAAAUUAUCGAUGAAACAUAAAAUGUAUGUGAAACGUGUAUCGAGUCGUGUUGAUAAGUAUGCAAAAGUGACUUCACAGAAUGAUUGUUCGCCACAUUUGUUUGAUUGUUGUUUAUUGGUUGGCUUGAAUAUGUCGACGAAAACUGCGUAUAUUAAGAAUAAAUAUCCGGAAGAAGUUAAAAUACCACCUGGAAUCGAAUCAUUAUGUUUUCCUGAUGCAAAUCACUGGGAUUGGAAUUUAAAUUCAAAAGAAUAUGGUGGCACGUACACGUUAAUCAUUACGAAUGAAAAUGGUGAUCGUCGUUUCGGAUUUUGUCGACGUGUCUUACCAGAAGGUGAACUUGUAUAUCUCCCACUUGUCUAUUGUGUGCUAUCACCAUUUCGAGCGGUUGAUUUUUUCAAUAAAGUCUUAAAAGAAAUUGAAACACGUCAUGGUUUACCAGAUUUUAUACUAAAUACAUUUCUAGAAGAAUUAUAUAAUACGCCAUUUCCGAAACCAGGAAGUAAGGUGCGUGUUAAAUAUUUAAAAUCAGAGGUUGAAAUUGAAGUUGUACCACCACCUUCAAGUGAUAAUGAAAUUACUACUUCAUCGUCAUCAAAGAAUCUUUCUCAGAAAUCAAUAGAUAGUGAAAAUUCUAGUGAUAUUUGUAAUAAAACCGCUGAAGAUGAUUAUGUUUCAAUUGAUAAGAAUCAUGAAAUUAAUCGGGAUAAACAGAAUGUAGUUUGUCAAAAUAAGAAAAAUAUUCAACGAUCGUAUAGUUCACCGUUAUUAAAUGGGGAAUCGCCAAAAACUACAUGUGAAAUUAAAGAAUAUGAAAUGGAAUUCUCACGACCUUUUGAUACACGUACGUCUGAAGAAGGUUUAGCUGUUUUGUUGGAUACGCUAAGUGUUACAAUUGUUUUACAAAUAUUUAGUUCGUUGUUAUUGGAACGGAAAAUUAUUUUUCUAUGUUUAACAAUUAGUAAGUUAUCGACGUGUAUGGAAGCGUUACAGACAAUGUUAUAUCCAUUUGCAUGGCAGCAUACAUUUAUUUCUGUACUACCUUCGAAUUUGGUUGACGUAUUAAAUGCUCCCACACCAUACUUAAUUGGAGCGUUGACAACAGCAUGUGAAAAUUUCACCGACAUUGAAGAUGGAAUCGUUAUCGAUUUGGACAAAGCAACAGUACUACGAAGUGUAGGUGAUGAAAAUGCCAUAAUACCAUCACGUAUACAAAAUUUUCUAAAAUUAGCAUUAAAUUCAGAUGAAAUAAAAAGUGCAUCAAAUCGUAAUACACGUAAUUUAUUAAUUAGUGAAGCAUUUAUCGGUGCAUUUUUACAUUUAUGCGGUAACUACAAAGAGUUUUUAAUUCUUCAACCACAAAACAAAAGUGAUGAUAGAAUAAAAUUUGAAAAAGAACAUUUUAUUAAAUCAAACAAUUCAAAAAGUAUACAAUUAUUUUUAGAAUGGUUUACAGAAACUUCGAUGUUUAAUGCAUUCAUUGAUUCUGAAAUAAAAUCGAUUCAAAAUCAGAAUCGUCGA